AUGGGCAUGAAGAAUAUUAGACUAGGAUUAGGAAAUAUGAUGACUUCGAGAUCAAGAUCUGAUGCAUUUAUUCAGUCCCAUGUGUCUGACCAUGAAAGAAGAUUGAAUGACCUGGAUUAUAGAGUCAGACAAGUUAAUCUACCUCAAAUGGAAUGCAUUAAUGCUAUCAAACAAAUUAAAGCAGAAGCUUCAAACAGGGAUAAACUAGAACACUUCACUAUGAAUUCCAGAGCUGAAGAAGAUGUUGACUUAAGGAGCCAUGAGGGAAGUGGUGAGGAAACUGAAUCAGAAGAUGAAGAAGAUGACGGUGAACAUGGUGAUGAAACUGAAUCGGAAGAUGAAGAAGGUGAGUCUGGACAAGAAGAUGAACAUGAACAAGAAGAGGAAGUUCGACAAGAACAGGAGCAAACACAUGAAGUUGUAGAGAAGACAAGAAGAGGACCUACUCACAUGAGGCGCUUCUGGAAAGAACAUGAUGUUGAUAACAAGAUCAAUUUGAAGUUCAACAGAUUUGGUCAGCCAUGUGGUUUGAAGACAUGCAAGCUGACAAAUUUUAUUGGAACCCUAGUGAAAGGAAAAGAAAUGUCCUUAGCUGCUCAAAACUGGAGCAAAGUACCAAAGUUAGAGAAAGAAAAGUUGUGGGAUUCUGUUAAGAUGGGUGUUGAGAUCAGCCAGUAA